AUGACUUCUUCGGACACUGAAUUACAUUUACAAACGCUUACAGAAUUCAGUAACAACGAUGAGCAAGAAAGUGAUAGUUCAGAUAGUUCAGAUAUUGAAGUUACAUCUGAAAUCGAUGACCAUGAAAAUCAUAUAAUUAAUUAUGAUGCUUAUUUCAACAUAAAUUCUGAUGAUAACGAAAAAGACGAAGAAAUCAAUAAUAAUGCAACUACAACAGCAUCGGCUAUUACAACAAUAGCUGAUGACAAAACAUCUUCAUCAAGUCCAUCUGAUGAUGAAAUAGAAGUAAAAAGUGUGUCUGGUGGUAUUAAACGUAAACGACAACAAUGGUCCGUUGCUAAGAAUUUUAAAUUGAUUGUUGCUAUUUUCAUUUUAGGUAGGAAACGAAAACGUUUGCAGGGAGCAGGUGUAAAAAUACACUAUCCCAAUCUUGAUCAAAAGUUAUUGCAAUGGUAUAGAGAACGUCGAUGUUUUAUUAAACAACCAAAUGAUAUAAUAAUGAUUAGAAAAGAAAAGGUUUCAUUUAAACAAUUACAAAGAAGAGGGAACCAAAUUAGUAUAGAAUUAAAUCAUGAAGCUCCAUCUUCGAAAUGGUAUGGUCGUUUUCUUCGACGUCAUGGUUUAUCAUUACAAAAGCCAGACCGACAUCAAAAAAUACCACUCAAUGAAGUACAUAAAUUAGUACAUGAAUUUCAUACUUAUUACGAAGAUCAAGGACAUAUUAGUAGUAAACGAUUCUGCACUCUCAUUUUAACUAUUUUUGGCGAAGACAAUUCUCGAAUUGGUCCUAUAUUAUUGUUUAAAGGGAAAGGUAAAAUAUCUGAAAAUGAAAAAGCAAAAUAUGCUAAAGAUAUUAAAGUGUUUUUUACUCCAAAAGCAGUCAAUAGUAGACAGACAAUGGAUAAAUAUAUUAAUUACUGGAUAUCAAAAAUUAAAGAUAACAAACCAAAAUUAUUUAUUACGGACAGUUCAUCCACACAUUUAAAUGAUGCAACACUUCGUUUAUUACGUAAAGAGGGCGUUGUUGCAGCUGUGAUUCCCAAAGGUCAUCAUUAUUAUGAAUGUAGUGAAGAAUUCACUGAAAAAUAUGGACCAAGAUCAAAAAUUAAAUUAUCAGCAUCACAAUCACGAGUUUUAUGUACAAGGUUAACUUCGUCUGCAUGGAAGCGAACAUUAAUCAAUAUUGAUAUUAAACGAGCAUUUAUAAAUUUAGGUUAUACAUGGACUGAUGAUUCACUUGUGCAACCACGAACUCUCCCUGGAUACUAA